AUGUCGACCGCUACACCGAGCCGGGAGGGAGUGCGCUCGGCGGCCUCCUCCACUCCUCUGUCCCCGACCAGGAUCUCCCGCCUGCAGGAGAAGCAGGACCUCCAGCAGCUCAAUGACCGCCUGGCCGUCUACAUAGACCGUGUGAGGGCCCUGGAGUAUGAGAACGACCGGCUCAUGGUCAAAGUGUCUGAGAAGGAGGAAGUGUCGACCCGGGAGGUGAGCGGCCUAAAGGCUCUGUAUGAGGCCGAGCUUGCAGAUGCCCGUCGGGUUCUUGAUGACACGGCUAAGGAUCGGGCCCGACUGCAGAUCGACCUGGGCAAAGCUCAGAGCGAGCUGGACGAGGCCAACAGAAGUGUGAAGAAGAAGGAGGGUGAUCUGGCGGCAGCGCUGUCCCGGGCCAAAGCUCUAGAGGACAAGUUGUACCAGAGUGAAGCCGCCCUGUCUACUGCGCUGAGCCAAAGUGCUUCUCUUAGUGCAGAGCUGGAAGAUGUCAAGGGCCAGCUCGCUAAGGCUGAGGACGCCCAUGCCGUAGCCAAGCGUCAGCUGGAGACCGAGACCCUGAUGAGAGUGGACUUGGAAAACCGUUGCCAGUCUCUGACCGAGGAGCUGCAGUUCAGGAAGGGCAUGUUUGAGCAGGAGGUACUGGAGUCGCGGCGAAGGCAGGAGCUGCGGGUUGUGGAGGUGGACUCUGGUGUGAGACAAGACUACGAGUCCAAACUGGCACAGGCUCUGCAGGAUCUCAGGAAGCAGCAUGACGAGCAGGUGUCGGUGUAUAAGGAGGAACUGGGGCACGCCUUCCAGGCCAAGCUGGAGAACGCGAAGGUGUCCUCAGACCUAAACGACAAGGCCAUGAGCAGCGCCCGAGAAGAGGUGAUCGAGUCUCGCAGCCGCAUUGAGAGCCUGGGCUAUCAGCUGAGCAGUCUGCAGAAGCAGAUGGCUGCCUCUGAGGACCGUAUCCGCGAGCUGGAGGAACUCCUGUCCUCAGAGCGGGACAGGGCGCGGCGCACUAUGGAGGCUAAGGAUGCAGAGAUGAGCGAGCUGAGGGAGCGCAUGAAUGCCCAGCUGAGCGAGUACCAGGAGCUGCUGGAUGUCAAGCUGGCCCUGGACAUGGAGAUCAACGCCUACCGCAAGCUGCUGGAGGGCGAGGAGAGCCGGCUGAAGCUGUCCCCGUCCCCCAGCUCUAAGGUGACAGUGUCGCGAGUGAGCAGCUCUGCCACCUCUCGCUCCAAGAGGAAGAGGCAGGAGGCCGAGGAGGGAGAGGAGCUGCUGCUGUCCGAGGAGUCCACCGCCUCCGGAGCAGUCAGCAUCUCCCCCACCGACAUGGACGGCAACGCAGUCACACUGAGCAACACCAGCGACCAGGACCAGUCGCUGGGUAGCUGGAGACUCAGUCGGCAGGUGGACGAUGCAGAGCCUUUGGUCUACAAGUUCUCUCCCAAGUAUGUGCUGAAGGCCGGGCAGUCUGUCACGGUGUGGGCUGCAGGGGCCGCUGUCGCACACAGCCCUCCCUCUGACCUGCUGUGGAAGAGCCAGGCCUCAUGGGGCACCGGAAAUGACGUAAUCACCUCCCUGACCAACACAGAUGGAGAGGAGGUGGCCCAGAGGAGAGCCACCAGGACCCAGGUGGAGGAUGGAGAGCAGGAAGUGGAGAUCAAUGGCACGGGACGGGGUUCGUCUCGAGAGUGUGCAGUCAUGUGA